UAAACUGCGACAGGACCUUUUUGUUGUUGUUGUUGUUGUUGUUGUUGAUGAUGAUGUUUUUUGUGAAGUGCAAGUACAGUAACUGUAAAAAUGUGACGUGGUAAAACUGUUGGUUUAGAACAUCUCGCCCAGGAUGGGAUCCUUUCCUGAAGAAAACACCAAUAAUAGAAGGGGAUUGACGCUGGGCUCUGGGAAACUUCACACAGAUGGAGAAAUGGCUACUAGUUCUCCAAUAACGCAACAAAUCUGCAGCUCUUUACCUCCGACAUCUUCACCCACAUCUCCCAUUCCCAGUCCCAUUCUCAGUCCUAUUCCCAUUCCCGAGGUAGAGGAUUGUCUCAUCUAUGACCGACACGGUGUUGGCAUAACAUUUAAGAGCUUAUAUCAAAACCACAAAGCUAUCAUUAUUUUUGUGAGGAAUUUUUUAUGCUACACAUGUCAGGAAUAUGUCGAGGACCUGAGCAAAAUACCACAGGAAAUGUUAUUGGGUGCUAAUGUCCGACUUGUUGUCAUUGGGCAGUCAGGCUAUUCACAUAUAAAGGCCUUCUGCUCACUGACAGGCUAUCAGCAUGAAAUGUAUGUUGAUCCAGAGCGACAUAUUUAUAAGAAACUUGGGAUGGCACGAGGAGAGAUCUAUGAGGAAAAAGCCUCUCAAAGCCCUCAUGUGAAAUCCAGCAUGCUUGUUGGCAGCAUAAAGAGUAUGUGGCGUGCCAUGACCAGUCCUGCCUUUGAUUUUCAAGGAGAUCCUCUCCAACAAGGGGGAGCAUUCAUCAUUGGCCCAGGCCCCAGCAUACAUGUUGCACAUUUUGACAUGAAUCGAUUUAACCAUAUGCCCAUCAAUGAUUUGCUUCGACUGGCUGGAGUGCAGGCGGUCAACUUUAACAGACACGCCAAGAUUAUUAACAUAUGAGAAAUCAGACAUUUCUCUUUAGAUUUACACUCUGCUUUUUAACACGGUUUUAACACAGCACAUCUUUGUUGGAAUGUGUUCAAAAAGAAGACGUAACAGCAUAAACACUGAGAUUCAAUGAGACUUCUUAUCAAAGACUUCAUAAUCCGGAAUAAUCCGAAGCUCAUACCAUUUCAAAAACCUGAUCCACAGACACUGUAUCAUGAGCUUCAAGUUAACCUCUGAUGAUUAAAAGUUCAUAAAAAUCAUCACUCACUUUCAGUGACUGCUUUAUACUAAUCAGGUUGCAGUUGAUUGUUCUGGGAAAACAAUAUGAGUUGUGAUAUAUACAUACAUACUUUUAUAUACAUACAUAUAGAUAGAACGGGGCAUAGAAGCCUUUAUUAUCGCCACAUAUACAUUACAGCACAGUGGAAUUCUUUUCUUCACAUACCCCAACUGAGGAGGUUGGGGUCAGAGUGCAGGGGCAGCUAUGAUACAGCAGGGCAGCUUGGCCGUGCUGGGCCUUGAACCGCGAUCCUCAGAUCAACAACCCAGAGCCUUAACCAGUUCAGCUAUCUCAGCUAUCUCAGCUAUCUCAACAUAUAUGAUAUAUUCAGUGGUGUAGUCGGGGCCAUACGCACGUAUACGCAGUAUGCUUACUUUUUCCCCAGGGCUGUUUGCGUAUAACGACUUCCCUUUAGCUGCAUCGCAUUUUUUAACUCGCAAAACUUCGUUGUAAUUGGUUCAUUUUUAUUUGAAUUCCGCCACCUUUCCCUGCCCCCGACAGCUGUCGUGUACCAACUUCACUGAGCGUUUACAGAGAGGAGAGUUUACUUCAUCAACAGAAGCUGGUGUCAUGCUAAAGCACACUUAAGUAAAGUUGGCCGCAUUUUCACAGAUUCGAAUUUCCCGAGUCAAUAACUCCUGAGCUAAAACGUCAAUAUCUUCACUGUAAUACACUGUACUGUCACCAAAUUCAGCUCACACACCACUGAUGUCCUGAUAGUGAUACUACAACACUUAUUUUGGGGAAAUGUCUUUUUGUAUAAUUUUUAUGAUUUUUUUAAUAUGAAAAUAAUUCCAUAACUUCACUAUUAUGGAAACUAUAUUAAUAACUUAAAAUAUAUUAUAACUGUCACCAAAUUCAGCUCACACAUAACUGAUGUCCUGAUAACACUUAUUUUGAGAAACCUUGCUUUUUUGAUUAUUUUUAUUGUUUGCAUUAUAAACAAUACACAACAAUAUACAUUUCACUGUGAUGUAAACUUCAAUGUGUAAAUCAGCUUUUGACAAACAUAUGUAAUCCUGCUGCUUAUAUAAGAGCUAUUACAGAUAUUGUUAAACUC